AUGAUUGCUUGUCUGGAGUCUAGUGGUUCUAGAGGGGGCAUUAUGAUGUUAAGGGAUUGUAGAAUCUGGAAAGCGGAAGUCGUUCAAAUUGGAGCCUAUACACUCGCAUGCAAAUUUGAGGCACUAUUGCAGAACUUUGAAUGUCACAUAACAGGGGUGUAUACCCCAAACUGUAAUAUUGAGAGGAGGAAAGAUUGGUGGGAGAUAGGAGCUGUGAGGGGUUUGGUGGAGGGCCCAUGGGUUGUUUGUAGUAAUUUUAACAUUACCAGAUUUCCUUCCGAGAAAAGGAACUGCCUUAGGAGAUCCAGAGCUAUGAUGAAAUUUUCAGAUUUUAUAGAUGAUAUGAAUCUGAUCGAUCUUCCACUAGAAGGAGGUGUCUAUACCUGGUUCAAAGGGCAUAAUCAAAUAAUCUCCUCAAGAGUUGAUAGAAUCCUGAUCUCUGAAGAAUGGGAUGACACUUUCAGGAACAUCAAGCAAUCCCUCCUCCAACGACUAAUCUCUGACCAUGUUCCCGUGUCUUUACAAUGUGGUUCUUGGGAGCACACCAAGUCAUACUUCAAGUGUGAUAACUGGUGGCUGAACACAUAA